AUGAGUUUGUGGAAAGUGAUAUUAACUUCUGUUGGAUUAGGAGUGUUAUUAUAUUGGGGAUGGAAAAAUCGAAGCAAUUGUUUUAUAAAGGAAAAAGGAAAACUUAAAAAACGUAGAUUGUCCAAAAAAGAUGAAGACAAUGAGUCACUAGUUGAAGAAUCUUCGAAUUCAAUUUUGAAAGCUUCAGAAGAAUUAAAAACACAAGCAACAGAUGAAGCUGGUAUUGGCGAUGUGAAGAAUAUUGAAAAUAAAGCAUUUUACAGGAAUAUCUCAAGUGAGGACAUUUUUAAUGCAGAACUUGAACAUUUCCAUAUUGAUAUUCAAUAUAGAAAAACACGUGAUAUGAAACUUUUUCUAUCAAAUCUGUAUAAUUCGUUGUAUGGUGAUUAUUAUUACAAUAGUGAAAAUGUUUCCGCCGCGGCUACUGCCAUAAAAUAUAAAAACUUGUAUGCUUAUGACCUUUUGGUUUCAAUAGGAAGUUAUUCUAACCCUUCAAUCACUUAUUAUACAGAUGAUUAUUAUGAUGAAGUGUUACUAUAUUCAAUUCGAGAUAUUCACGAUAAGUAUGCAAAGUCUCUUGUGAGAAUUCAUGAAGAUUCAAAUUUUUUUGAACAUGAUUAUUUGAAAAGUUUGUAUAAUAAAUGUAAAUUAUCGUUUUGUACUCCAGAAUCCCAAGUUAUGAAAGAUCAUAGUUCAUCAAUACCCAAAAUAAAAGUUAUUGAAUAUAGUGCAUCAAUAGCCAAAAUACUUAAGAAAGUAAGUGAAGCCCAUUGUACAUUUGACCUUGCUUUAAAAAUUUUAGAUGCAUGUGAGGGUUUAGAAAUAUUUUUCGACUUUGAGACUAAAAAUUUUAGAAUGAUAAAUCCUUGCAUGAGUAGGAGCCAUGAAUAUAACAAAAUCUCAAUUGACAUAAAAGAGAGAAAAAUUUAUUGCUUUGCAACAAAUGAAGAUGACGAAAGAUUUAUUUAUGAAAUUUGUCAAGGAUUGGAAGAUUUUGCAACAGGAAUUGUAAAUAAUGUUGAUGAUCAUUCUGAUAUAAUAAAGAAUCGCCUUGUUACGAAGAUCAUAGAUUUUGAUAUUUUCACUCAACAGCUUCCACUUCUUAGAUUGAAACAAAAUUUGAAUGAAAAUUCUGAACUAUUUAAAACAUUAAACUUAAUCCCAAAAGAUAGACAAUAUAUGAAAAAUGCUUUGGCAGGCCUUCGACCAGAUUAUAGAAAAUCAUAUUUUCUAAUGUCAAACCAUCCAUUACUACAAAUGUAUAAAUAUUUUUAUGAUAUUAGAUUUAAAGGUAUUUUCGUUACCAUUGAUGACUUGCUAAAUGAUGAAUGCUAUAAGAAAGUUGUUGACAGUUACUAUUUGAUAUCAAAUCCUUAUAUUGUCAUCCACUGUAUUUCCAAACCUGCCGAAAUGUUAAAAUCUAUUCAACAAAAGUUAACAGAAUCAGGAAUUAAUCGUUACACAUUUCUGUUAAAUUAUAAUAGAAAUUUUGCUGUAAACAUUCCAAUUCAAGUUGAUUCCAUAGACGAAAUUCAGUUUAGAAAUGAAAGUAUUGAAAAGUUUGACGCUCUUGUAAAUAAGCAUGAAAAUGAUAAAAAAAAAUUGGAACUUCAAAUAUUAGAUAUUCGUGAAACCCUUAAAAUGCAGUUCGAACAAAAGGAACACGCAAUAAAAUUGAUAGAGCAGAAAGAGACAAUAAAAGACAAUCAAUAUGACUCUUUUUAUGAAAGAACAUUUAUACAUCAUUUUAAUUAUAAUGAUUUUAAGAUAUCUGGCAAUAAAAUUGUUAGUAAAGUAAAAGAGGAGAAAUUUAAAGCAGUUUUUAUAUCUGGAGAAGCUGGUCUAGGAACAACAACUGAGCUAAAAAUACUGAAAAAACAAAACGAUGAGAAUCCUGAAUGGAAAUACACGCUGUUCCUUGACUUAAAAGAACUCGAUGAUAAGUUAAUAUGCGGAUUUUAUAAGGAAUAUCCUUUGAGAUGUCGUAACGAUAUAAUUAACUUUUUUUGUGCGAACAAAAUCAUUGAAAAUGACAAUCAAGAACUUUUUCAAUAUUCUUUCAAUCAUGGCCUUGUUUCAUUUUUCAUGGAUGCAAUGGAUAACAACUCACCAACCACACGAUAA